AUGUACAUCCUAGUUCUAGGACCAAGAACUUGGAGAAAAGCUCAGAUCUACUGCAGACAGAGUUACACAGACCUGGCCAGCAUCAGGAACCAGGCUGAAAACAUUGAGAUACAGAAAUUUGUUCUGGGAGAGAAAUCAUCUGCCAUCGUCUGGAUCGGUCUGUUCAAAGACGACUGGAAGUGGUCAGACCAGUCUACCUCCUCCUUCAGAUCCUGGGAAAUUGGCGAACCACGUGAUGACGAUGACUGUGUCUUCACACAUCCAUAUUUUUCAUGGCAGUGGUUUUCUCACAAUUGUUCUUCAUCCAGAUAUGUUAUUUGCCACGAUGGCUGCAUUCCUACAACUCCUGCUAAGGUGAAGCUGGUGGGGAGAGUGGAACUGGUUCCUAAUUCACCUUCAGACUUAGAGGAUCCUGCCAUGUUGGACUCCAUCUUGCAGCAAAUGAAGGCAGCUGGGAGGAUCCCAGAGCACAGCACGCUGAGAUGGAAGAAGCAGAAGGAUGGGAAGGUUUUCCACAAGAAGGAGGAGGAGGAGGAGGGAGGAAGAGGAGACACGUGUCAUUAACAAGUCACAGCUACUAAAUGUUGUUAACUGUCUCUUGUAUCUCUGACAGUGUCGAUGAUGUCAAUGACAUUUCUGUAACUAGCACAUGACGUCCUUAUCACUUCAUACAGUUUAUCUUUUCUUAUUAAUCAGGUGGUGGGGUAACAUGAAAUGAAGUAAAGCCUACUGAUCUUGUAGCCUUGUCUUAUCAUAUAUAUAUAACAGAUACAGCUACAUGUUUCAAUACCUUGUAAUCAAUCAU